AUGGUGGACUACGACGACGUGUACGACGACGACGACUUCGAGGACGACCACGACGGCGUCGACGUCGAGGACGACGCGGACGUCGGCGACGCGCCGGUCCCGAGCCCGUCCCCGUCCGCCGCGCCCUCCUCCGCCGCGGACGCGAAUGCGAGAUCGUCGGCGUCGUCGCGCGUCGUCGCCGCCGCGCCCGCGCCGGCGGUGACGGUCUCCGACGAGCUCGAGCUCACGGCGUCGCCGAUCCCGUCGGACUCCCCGGGCGGCGGCGGCCCGACGCCAUCGCCCGCGCCGCGGCUCACCCCCGCGCGCGGCGGCGCGGCGAGAUCGCCGCUCGCGUCGCAGCUCCGCGCGGGAGGCCCGCCCGGGGCGUCGCCGAAGCCCGCGGCGCCGUCGCCGUCGCCCGCGCCGUCGUCCGCGCCGCCGUCGUCGUCGUCCUCCGUCCUCGCGGGCGGCGGAAAGACCAAGACCGGGCCGUCGCCGCUCACGGGGAAGCCGCGGGUGAACGUCAGCAUCGACCUGAACACCGACUCGGACGACGACGACGACGACGUCCCGGUCGCCGCCGCCGCGACGACGACGACGACGACGACGACGACGACGACGGCGACGACGUCCGCCGCGUCGAGGCCGCCGACCGCACGCCGACCGCUGCCGACGCCGUCGCCGGACGCGAAAGCGAAGCUGGACGCGCUGCGACGUCGCAACCGCGGCGGGAACGGGAACGCAGCCGCCGCCGCCGCCGCCGCGGAUGAGAAGCCAGAGGUCGUCGCGAGACGGACGAACCCCUCGCCUUCGCCGCCGCCGACGACGACGAGGUCGUCGACGGAGAAAAAGCCGUCGCCGGUCGUCGCCGCCGCGCGCGACGCGCUCGCGGCGGAGAGCUACGACGGCCCGAUCGGCGUCCGACUCAGCAGCGCCUUCGAGUCGACGCUCGCGACGCAGAACGCGUCGCCCUACGCGGACGCCGCAGACGCGCACGACGAGAUCCCGACGAUCGAGGCCGCGGUCGCCGAGCAGCUCGAACACCGGCUCGCGCGUCAGACGCGUCGGCUCGCGGAUCUCGUUCGGCGGCAGCAGGCGCGUUCUCCUUACACUGCCGCCGCCGCGAAGGACCGCGCGGACGCUCGCGCGCGCGAAGAGACGUUGCUCGUCGCGCUCGAGCAGGCGGAGGCGGCGCUCGCGGACGAGCGCGCGGCGAAGGAGGUCGCGCGCGCCGCGCUCGCGGACGAGAGGGCGCGCAACUCGAGCUACGGGCGACUCGCGAGCGGCGCGACGGACGUCCGAUGCGUCUCAGUGGAGGACGCGGAGGCGCUCCGCAAAGAGAUCGUCGCGCAAGACGCGCUGAUGCGAGGGUACCAGAAGGAGAACGAGCGCACGGUGACCGCGCUCGCGAGCGCGAAGCGCGCGGCGGCGGCGACCGAGAGAGCUCUCGUCGCGGACGUGAACAGGCUCAACGGCGAGCUCGCGCGAAUGAAGCUCGACGCGGAGAAGCGGGAGAACGGCGGCGAGAGGCACCUCGAGCGGACGCUACGCGCGGAGUCGGCGCUCGCGACGGCGAAGCGCGAGCACGAGGAGCUCGCGCUGGAGCUGAGGCAGGAGAGGGACGCCGCGAGGGCGGCGUGUCGCGCGUUGGAGGCGAAGCUCGCGGGCGUCGACCUGUCGAAGAUCACGCCGGGGGGCGCGGACGAUUACGAGACGUUCGAGAACAAGCUGAACGAGAUCAACGCGCAGCACGCGAAGGAGACGAGCGAACUCCGACGGAAAAUCGCGUGGUUCACGGAGAACCAAGAGCUCGUGAGCGAGAGGGACGGGCAGCUGCGAAGGCAAGCCGCGCGGAUCGAGGAUCUGGACAAGAAGCUGGCGAAGGCGCAGCGGGAUUUAGCCAAGGCGAUUCCCGCGGCGGGCGCGCCGCGCGAACCCGUCGGGAACGGCGGCGGGAACGGCAACACCCCCGGUGCUGGUGGCGGAAAAAAGAAAAACGCACGAUGGGUAGGCGUCGGCGAAGGUAAAUCGGCGCCGACGACGACGAGCGAGGACCACCGCGACCAGACGAGCUCGAACCUGUACGGCAUCCUGCACCCCGACGACGGCGCCGGCGCCGUCGACGCCUCGGCGGCGUUCGACGCCGGCUUGGCGAAGAAACCCAACAGCGUCGCCGCGAUGAUCCGCGCGGUGCGACCGAACCACGAGCACGCGGAGAAGAUCAUCGCGCUGGAGGCGAAGGUCCGGAGGCUCCAGGACGAGCUGGACGCCGUGGACGGCGAGCACGAGCGGUCGCUGCGGGCGUUGCAGCAGCAGCACUUGCGCUUAAAAAACGCGAUGGAAAAGAGAGUGAAGGACGCGGAGCGCGGCGCCGUCGGCGGCGCCGCGGGCGCGGGCAAGAUUGGCUCCACCGCGGAGAAGAAGUUCAGCGCGCCGAGCGCGAGGCAGCUCCAGAUGAAAGUGCACGAGCUCGCGGGCGAGUGCGAGUCGCUUCGGGAGAAGGCGCGGCGCGCGGAGAGAGAGGUUGUGAAGCUUCGAAGCGCGCAGGAGAAGCUGAAGCGACACGCCGCCGACGCGACGCGGCGGAGCGUCGACGCCGCGAAGGCGUCCGAGUCCGUCGCGGUUGAGCCGGCGUCGAAGCGCGGCAAACUCGCGCCGGCGGUCGCGCCCUCGAGCCCGGGGAAGCGGAAGUCCCCGAGUCGGGACCCUGAGUCGGCACCCCCGAGCGGGCACCCGGCGACGACGCCGUUCGACCCGACGAACCCGACGGCGGGUUUACCCGCCGUCGUGCGACGCGUCGGAGCGUCGUGGGACGACGUCGACGUCGACCAACGCGCGUCCGCGCCGCGGUCGGCGUCGCCGGUGAAGCCGAAGUCGUCGCCGGUGAAGUCGAAGUCGCCGGAGUCGCUGCCGCGGUGGGAUUCGUCCCCGGGGCCGAAGCCGAAGCCGAGGCGGCGGCCGGCGACGGCGGCGGCGCCGGCGCCGGCGGCGCCGAACGGUCCGCGCGCGCGCCGGUCUCUGGACGUCGCGAUGGGGAAAGAAAACGACACCGCCGCCGCCGCGUCGUUCGUCCCCGCGGAGUUCGCGGCGCGACUCCAACGGCUGGAACAAAAGGCUGUCGCGCGAGAGGCGUACUGGAAGGGCGUCGUCAACGAGGUGCAAAAGGCGCACGCGGCGGACGCCGCGACGCUGCGGAAACAGUGCCAACGCGCGAUCGACGCGAAGAACGUGCAGAUACGGCAGUUCCGCGAGCAGCUCAGCGCGCUGAUGCAAGCGAUGCACGAGCAGGCGCUGAGGAAGAGCAUCGAGGGUGGCGUGAAGAGCGCGGCGUAGAAUUGAGAGCGCGCGCGCGGUCGAGUGUCCAUAAGGUUACCGUAUGAUAUCAGAGUCGAGAAGAAGACUUUCUC